GUUCUCCUCACGACGCGGAAUCUUUCCUCAUCAGCAUGACAAAAGGUAAAAUAAAUAAAAUGAAAACGUAAAAUCGUAUCAAAGCUUCCUCACCCCCCAUCCUCUGUUCUAUCGUUGAGAUUCGAGAGGAAGAUCCAAGUUUCUCUAUCCAAGUUUCUCUUUCUCUCUGGGAAUUUGCAGCAAUCAAGGAGAUGAAGGGUCUAAGAGAUUGAGGAUUCUCCAGACCGCGGCUACGUUUUGCCUCUCACCAUGGCUGAAUCCUCCAAGGAAGAGUUCAUACAGCUGAUCAAGAGAUUUGGGGCUUCUAUCACCGUCAAGAUAUCCAAUCUCGUCUCGAUCUCUCUUCUCAAUGUGGUUAUAAGCAUCAAUUGACACAGUUACAGUUUUUAUUUGCUGUCUUCAUCUAUGUUUGGAGGUCUUGUAACAGUUCCAAGCAACAGUCCACAUCAACGGAAGUCUGGAGGCAGGCCUGUUGCCUCUGAUCUAGGUACAAGUGAACCAGGAAAUACUGUUGAAGAAGGUUUGUUGCAUCCUGUAGAGGUUGAUGAAAUGAAGGUUGCAAGUACACCAAUUAGUACGGCGGUGAUAUUGCCGUCUCCUAUUUUUUUGUGGAGAUUCAAGGUGCUUUUGUUUAUCAUUUGGGGUUUCAGUUGUUGCAAGAUUGGAUGGGAUUCUGUUAUGAGAAUGAGUGCAGACUUGCAGGAUUUAUUUCUGUAUGAGGCAUUUUUGUAUUAUAAUCCUCUUCUUCUUGUGACAAUGAUGGUUUGGCUUUGGGGAGUAAAUUUAUGGGUUUUUGCCCAAUCAAGUAUAAGCUAUGCAAAAAUUUUUGAUCUCGACCAAAGUCAUCUUACCCACAAAGAAAUAUGGAAGUGUGCCACAUGGAUGACAAUUAUUGUCCCAACCAGCAUGACAGCAUAUCUUUACCUUUAUUCUCAUGGAGAAGUAUCAUUGGCUGCAUCACAACCAGUGCUCUUAUAUGCUGCUGUUGCAAUGGUUCUGAUAUUCCCUUUUGAUAUUUUUUAUUUGUCUUCGCGCUAUUACUUCUUAAGGACUCUUUGGCGGAUCAUUUUUCCACUACAGGCUAUAACAUUUUCUGAUUUUUUCUUGGCUGAUAUAUUGACCUCCAUGGCAAAGGUAGUUUCAGAUUUGGAGCGUUCAGUUUGUCGAAUGAUCCAUCGACAGGUUGCUACCAUUGCAUGGUUUGAAGCUGAUUCUGUUUGUGGCAGUCAUUCUGUUGCAAUUCCUUUGGUUCUUGUUUUGCCUUAUAUUUUCCGUUUGUUCCAAUGUCUUCGACAAUACAAGGAUACCAGGGAGAAAACCACCCUUCUGAAUGCUUUAAAGUAUUCGACAGCAGUACCAGUGAUUUUUCUUUCAGCCCUGAAAUAUCAUGUCUUCCCAGAUAGGUGGACAAACAUUUAUCGACCUCUCUGGCUUCUCUCAAGUGUUUUGAAUUCUCUAUAUUCAUUCUAUUGGGAUGUGACUCGAGAUUGGGACUUGAGCGGCUUCACUCGGAUAUUCAAGUUCAACAAACCUCAUAUUUGCUCGCACCUGUUAUAUGGUCGGAAAUGGGUUUAUUUUUCAGUCAUUGGAAGCAAUUUGAUCCUCCGAUGCACAUGGACAUACAAGCUGUCUGCUCAUCUUCGACACAAUCAUCUGACUGUGUUUGCAAUCACUGCUCUGGAGAUGCUCCGCCGCUUCCAAUGGGUCUUCUUCCGUGUAGAAAAUGAGUGGAACAAAAUGAACUCCAAGUCAAACAUUCAACUUUCGAUGGGUGAAAUCCCAGUCGAAGAAGAAACAUUGCUUGGCACUAACAACCAUAAUGUAUAGAUCACACUAACAUCAUUGCUCUUUUUUUUCUGGCCUCAAUUAAGGUUUCAUUAUAGUUGCUGUUACCUCUUGCCAAUUCCAUUUGAUUUUGAUUUAAUCUCAUUAAAAUUUAUUCCUCC